UCCACGCUAAUCGCUCCAUCACCACCACCAUCGCGCUAUCAUCAACGACCCCUUCAUCCCCUCCCAACCUUCUCCGACAUCGUUGAUUCAAAAAGGAUAGAAUACUACGACGAUGAGCCAACAAAACGCCCAAAGCGUCCUCGCCCACCUCGCCUCCUCCAAAAACGAGACUGCGGCUGGCCUUGCGCAGUGUCUGCAGGCCCUCGUACUUGUCAGCAGCGGGCCUACGAUGUCGCCUAUCAUUGUGCGGUAUAGAGAGUUCGGCACAUACGGCCAGGUCAUCUCGAUCCGCGAUCGCGCGUUCGGGAGGGGAACGUUGGCGCGUGUUCCUUGCCAUACAGCCUUGGCACUAUUUAAAAAAUCAUUCAAGCUUUCGAAAGACGUACAGCUCAGCUCUGCCGUUUUUUUCAACGAGGACAGGAGUGUGAGCUCGAAAGAGGCUGAGAUUGACCCUGAUUCAUGGCAGGAGCUCGUGCCGUUUGUCCACAUGGUGUACAUUUCCGACGUGGACGAGGAUGAGGGGAGUGGGGUGAACGGGGUGAAUUUAAAUUACUGCUAGUGCUUUGAGGCCGGAUUCGCGAGUUAACAAUACUACCUGAUACCCGCAAAAGCUAGACGAUGUAUAAGUGACCUAGCAACACAAAAAUGUACAACUACGAAACAUGUGGAUUUGGGUUUCUUUGCGAUUAAACAUAUUUACUACGCCU